AUGAACUCAGCGCUUACUCUCGCUACCCUAUUGGCUGCCAUAGUACUAAUGAUCAAUGUCGACAAAUCGGCCGCAGAGUGCUGUUACGCACCGUUGAGCUGCCCUGACCAAGGUCGCACAUGCUACGAUUGUACCGGAGCCAACAUAUAUUGCGGCGUGGGCAAAUGCAAUGCUGUGGGUUGUAAUUGCGACGGUGGCUGUAGGGCUGGUCACUCAGGCAUGUGGUGUUGGAACAUAGCAUUGGGCUGUAAAGAUAAUGGUUUGGCCACAACUAACGCCCUGACCGUCAAUAACGUUACCCAAGUUUUUGCCCGUUUGGACGCCGAUAGAGACGGCAGGGCUUCAUAUGUGGAGACACUUAGUUAUGUCUCAACCGAGGGUUUGGCCGCUAAUAAGGAUAUGAAAUAUGAGUUUUAUUUGAUGGACAAAAAUCACGACGGAUUCCUCACUAUUGAUGAAAUCGAUGCUUAA